AUGAACCACAAUCAGUUAAAAAGGAAAAAAUAAAAAUAAAACACAAAAGGGUUUUAAGGAGGUUUAACCAGAACUUAUAUCAAUAUCAUCAUGGGCUCUAUACUCUCUUCAACCGAUUCCAACACAACAUCAACCGAUUCCCCGAUUCCGACCGAUUCCCAAAAACCCAGUUCAGAUUCCAAAACCCAGACCACCCAGGAAUCACCAAUUGAGACGAAACCCAUUAACCAAUCCGAUCAAGAAGCAAAACCCACCGACCAAAAUCAAGAAAAAACUGAAGGAGAUGAAGAGGAGGAAGGAGAGUGUGGGUUCUGUUUGUUCAUGAAGGAAGGUGGGUGCAGAGACGCGUUUAUAAACUGGGAGGAUUGCAUCAGAGAAGCUGAUCUUAAACAGGACGAUGUUGCUAGCAAGUGCUUUGAUGCUACUUCUUCGUUAACCAAGUGUAUGCAGGCUCACUCUGAUUAUUAUCAGCCCAUUUUGAAGGUCGGCAGGGAGGCCGAAGCCCAGGCUCUCAAGCAAUUGGACAGUGAAAUUGAAUCUGUUGCUGCUGAUCAAACGGAACAAAAGGGUGGAGAGAACACUCAAGGAAAGGGGCAGAUACGACAAUGACCUUGUUCCUGGUGGAUUUUAAAGCAGCCACAAUAGAAUAAACAAAGAUGAGACAUUUCAAUUAUGAGAAUGAAAACGACUAAAUCCAAAUUUAGAAACGUAUUAUUUAUGGGUAUGGAUAUACUCAACGUUGUAAUUCCAAUUAAAAUUGUUAAUUAUUAAUCUAAUCUUCAUUAAAGUUA